GCGGGGCGUGCGUGUUUGAUUGACCAUGAUCAGGUACUUUAUUCCCGCGGAUGGGGAUGAUCCGUCGCACCCCAACGUGUUCCAGCUGCCCAGCGGGCUUGUGGGGAGCGGAUCGGUGCGCUGCGGGGACGUGGAGAGACACUUCCCGUUACCCGGCCGGUACCACUUUCGCUUCAAGAAGAAAUUCAGGGACGCGUUCGUGUGGGUUGACAUAGCGGACCCUGGAGCAGCGGUGCCUUCAUGCGACGGAGUUUUCACAGCCAAGAUUACGCGCUUGUCAGACGGCCGAGGCGGAGGCGGGGUACCCCCGGGGAGAGGGGAAGCGAUGCCCCCACCCCCGGCAGGCGUGAGACGAGACGUUGGCGGCGGCGGCGUUGGCAGCGGCAGCGGCGGUGGAGGGUUUGGCGGAGACGAUCUGCUCAACAUGGGGCACGGUAUCGCGCCGGGGGGUGCCCCAGGGCCUGGCUUAAUGGGAGGAGGCUCCCAGCCCGACGAUUUGCUCGGCAUGUUUGACAGCUCACCAUCGCAGGGCGUUCCCCCACAACAAACGGCAUCAGUACCGUCGGCGGCGGGGGCGGCGAGACCGAUGCCGCGAUCGCCCCCCAUGCACCCGGCUCCCAUGUCUCAGAUGGGGGCAGCGGGUGUAGCCGUGGGCGGCGGCGGAGGCGGCGCGGGCGGUGGAUUCGGGGUGGGCGCGUCUGGCAUGGGCGGUCAUGCACCAUCGCAUGGGCGUAAUGACCACACGGACUAA